AUGAACAGCAAUAAUAAAGUAUGGAAUUCAAAUAAAACUGUCUAUGUUGGGAAUAUUGAUCCUCAAGUUACACUUGACAUAUUGUAUGAACUGUUUGUCCAAGUAGCACCUAUAUCAUCUAUAAAAUAUCCUAAAGAUAAGGUUCUCCAGGCAUAUCAAGGAUAUGCCUUUAUUGAUUUUUUUACAGAAGAUGAUGUUCAAUAUGUGAUAAAAGUAAUGAAUAAUACAGUAAGACUAUAUGGGAAACUUUUGAAGGUACGUCUAAGUAACUACGCUUUAUCAGCAUCAACUGCUAAUGCAUCAAAUAAAACUGAAACCGCUAAUGUAGAGAUUCUGCCUGUACCGAAAGUAUUUAUUAAAGAUAUAGAUUCAACUACCACAACUGAAACUUUAAGCAGUUUAUUUAAGAAAAUUGGACCAGUGCUUAAAGAGCCUGAGUUUUUUUAUUUAUCAUAUGGUAAAUUAAGGUGUGCAUACUUAUAUAUGAAAAAUUAUGACGAUUCAGAUAAAGCCAUUAAAAUAUUGAAUAACUCAUUAGUAGGAAAUAAAAGAGUUAAGGUUGAUUAUGCUUUUAAAGAUAAUACCUCAAAAGUCAUUAAGUUUGGGGAAGAUAUUGAUAGACUACUGAAUAAGGAAGCUCUCCAACGUGACUUGAUAAAAUAA